AGGCGCGCAUAUGCGCUGCGCGCGCCGGCGCGCGAGCGCGCCCGGGGUCGCAAUGGCACGCCCGGGUCCCCCGUGGCCCGGCUGCGGCGGCGGCCCGCGUCGAGGCUGCCUCCCCUCGCGCCUGCUGCCCGCAGCCCUGCUGGCCGCGUCGCUUGCGGCGGGGCCCUGCUGGCCGGCGCUUGCGCAGCGAGCGCCGGGCCUCGCAGGACGGUCUCUAGUACCAGAGACCCGCGCGGUACAUGGUCAACUCAUCGCCAUGCACGCACAGAUCAAGCAGCGGUGGGUCGACAAUCGACCGGUUGGAGCGGAGCACGCGAUACGGGUGACGGACAUCGAGAGGAUACCGCUGAAUUACGACGAUAAGGAGAUGACAUCCAAGGAGAGGAGGCUGACGCAGGACCUGAGUCACCAGGACGCCCAGGUUCGUCGGGCGGCAGCGAGCGGGCUGCUACGUCUUGCUGAGGACAAGGCCUUGGAAGCGAUCCAGUUCGAGAACAACAAGGUGACCAUGUACUCCGAGCCCGAGAAGUACAGAAUCUUUGGGCCACGGACGUACCAGGCGCUGUUGAACGUGCUGCACGACCCCGACUGGAAAGUGCGCUGGGAUGCCGCCUUGGUCUUCAACGCAGCCUGGAAGGUGGACAAGAUGGGCGUCGACCCUUACAUGGCGAAGCUGAACCAAAUGAUCUGCCGGCACGACAACGAGACAGACCCAGUCGAACCACACAUAGAUUUGCUGGAGGCCGCUGGUCGCUGCGGCCACGCAUUCUAUCCUUAUUCCAGUACAUUCGUGAAGCACAAUGCGCCCACCGGGAUUGCCCACCCCGACUGGCGCGUGCGGUACGCGGCGGUCAUCGCCCUGCAGCAGAUGGGCCUCGCCACGGAGAGGCACAGGGUCAACCUGCUCCAGCUGACGCGAGACGAGAAUGCGGAGGUCCGGAAGGUGGCGAACACGUUUUGGACGCCGAAAGACGGGGGCUUGACCUACAAAUGGGUGGACACGAGGCCGCAGUGGAAGUUGAACUACUGGAAAAAGAAGCGGAAGUACAACGGAAAGAGUUGAGCGCAAAGCGAAGCCGUACAGCUUCUGGCCACGUUUUGCCCAGGGCUAGGGUCGGGACCGCCAGAGCGCACCAGCGGCUGCCAGGACCCGCGCGGGAGGCGGAGACGACGCUGCCUCGGCCAGGGCGCCACGAGCGCCCGUUGCCGUCCACCGUGCGCCCCUCCGCUCGCCCAGCGCCUCCGAGGCGCGCGGCUCCCCCGGCGCCGGGCGCCUGUGCAGUCGCAGCUGCGGCCGCCUCCACAAAAGCCAGGAGGCCUGCUCCUCCGGCAAAACACAUCGAUCUGGGCCGUCGACUCUCUUGGGCCGGCGGUGAGGGGGGGGCCCCGGCCAGUGGGGGCUUGCAGUGGCGCGUGCGGAGGGGCACGCACGGCAGAGCGCAGGCGGACGGUGCACCUCCAGAUCGCGCGGAGGGGGUCGCGCUCAGCGCGCGAUGCUCCAACCUGGCUGUGCAGGGUGCGCUCUGGGCGC